AUGUCCGUUUCUGAAUACACGAACAAGUUCAAGCACUUGGUUCGUUUCAACACUAUGGCUACCAGCGAAGAAUGGCAGUGUAGGAAGUUUGAGAAUGGGCUGAGGAGUGAUCUGAAGGUGUUGAUAUCCAGCCUGUGUAUCUGGUCAUUCCCUUCAAUGGUUGAGAGGGCCAAGGUGUUAGAGAGGAAUGUGGUUGAAGUGGAACAACAGAAGAAGCAACAAGCAACCAGGGGACCGAUUUUGUCAAGAACAAAUCUGAAUCGGAAUAGGACGCCGUACGCUCGUCCAGCACAGUCAAGUGGGUCUCAGGCGGUAGUUGUUGUUGGACAGUCUGGACAACAGGGGGCGGUCAGAUGUUUUCAGUGUGGAGGACCUCAUUUCAGGUCAGUCUGCCCUCAGUUGAUAGGAGGGAAGUAUUGCACUAGAUGUAGAAGAAACGGUCAUCUGGAGAGUGAGUGCAAUAUGGGAGGUCGAGCGGCAAUGAGGCCGCCAAAUGCUGGAAGAACUCAAGGUCGGGGUGGACGAGCGCAGGCUGUUGGGAGAGUUUAUGCGAUAACGGGCGCGGAAGCCAUAAGCUUAGGUACGCUCAUCACCGGUACCUGCUUAGUUCAUGGAAAAUCUUGUUAUAUGUUGUAUGACUCGGGGGCAACACACUCCUUCAUCUCGAAGGCGUGCGUUGAGAAACUGGGGUUAGCAGAGAGCGAAAUGCAGUUUGACUUGGUGGUGUCAACCCCAGCAGCUGGAGCUGGAGGUGAUUUUAGGAAUGGAUUGGUUAGCCACCAAUUGCAUUCUGAUAGAUUGUGGUGA